UUAAUCACCUCAACAAGAUCCUCGGUUCUGACUUCCGAGCAUUGAUUAAUUACUCCAGGCUAGUUUAAUCCAAGAUCCGCCUGUCAGAGGAGACGAGCCCACAGGCACAGAAACGGACAACCCAGCUCAACUUUCCCGGGCCCACAGGAAGCCAGCCCAUCUGCUGCUAAACUUCCUGUCCUGUAUCAUCUCGUGCUCGUCGGUCGUCACUAGUCCUCGCUCAUAGCAGGCGGCAGUGACUCAUCACUACUAGUGAUCAGACCAGUGAGCUAGCGACUGUACCAUGCAGCAGCUGUAGGAGAGCCUGGUGGUAGGUAGGAUAGGAGUAGCGCCAGCCGCCAAGUGCGCGUCCGGGCUGGCUGCUUCGGCGAGCAGGAGGGAGCCGCACCGCCGGGCUCCCGCAAUGUCGCCUCCUCCGCCCCCGCCGCUGCUGCGCAACGAGCUGUCGCGCAGGACGGCGGUGCUGGGCCUGCGCCUGUGGGUGCUGGUGGGCAUCGCCGUCGGGGCCGCCUUCGUGCUGCUCCUCGUGCUCAUCUCCCUCCACCUCGCCGCGGCGCGGCGGAGGCGGCCCAGGAAGGGCGUCGCGCACGCGCCCGCGCACGCGCCGGCGGGGGCGCCGCCGCUGUCCCCGUCCACCAUCCCGCCCGUGUCCAAGGAGAUCCAGGAGGUGGCCGUCCACGUCGGCUCGCUCCGCCACUACCUCGAGACGGGGCACGCGUUCCUCAAGGACGGCGGCGGCGGCGACGGUGAGUCCGUGGCGUACGGGUCGCAGCGCGUCCACAUCGAGGCCGGCAAGGGCCAGCGCAUGGUCGCGGCGGCGUCCGACGCGCUGUCGGCGGCCGUGGGCCCCGAGGUGUCGCACCUCGGCUGGGGCCACUGGUACACGCUGCGGGAGCUGGAGGAGGCCACCGCCGCGUUCGCCCCCGAGCACGUCGUCGGCGAGGGCGGGUACGGCAUCGUCUACCGCGGCGUCCUCGCCGACGGCUACCAGGUCGCCGUCAAGAACCUCCUCAACAACAGGGGACAAGCCGAGCGGGAGUUCAGGGUGGAGGUGGAGGCCAUCGGCCGCGUCCGGCACAAGAAUCUGGUCCGGCUACUGGGCUACUGCGCCGAGGGCGCCCAACGGAUACUUGUGUACGAGUACGUGGACAACGGCAACCUCGAGCAGUGGCUGCACGGCGACGUCGGGGCAGUGAGCCCGCUCACCUGGGACGUCCGGAUGAACAUCGUGCUCGGCAUGGCCAAAGGGAUCACGUACCUGCACGAGGGGCUGGAACCCAAGGUGGUGCACAGGGACAUCAAGUCGAGCAACAUCCUGCUGGACAGGAGGUGGAACCCGAAGGUCUCGGACUUCGGCCUCGCCAAGCUCCUGGGGGCGGACAGCAACUACGUCACCACCAGAGUGAUGGGAACGUUUGGCUACGUGGCGCCAGAGUACGCUAGCACCGGCAUGCUGAACGAGAGGAGCGACGUGUACAGCUUCGGGAUCCUGAUCAUGGAGAUCAUCUCCGGCCGAAGCCCCGUCGACUACGCCAGGCCUGCCGGAGAGGUAAACCUUGUAGAGUGGCUCAAGAACAAGGUGACCAACAGGGACUACGAGGCCAUCGUGGACCCGAAGCUGCCGGAGAAGCCGUCCUCCAAGGCUCUCAAGAAGGCGCUCCUGGUCGCGCUGAGGUGCGUGGAUCCCGACUCGCAGAAACGGCCCAAGAUGGGGCACGUAAUCCACAUGCUCGAAGUCGACGACUUCCCGUAUCGAGAGGACCGUCGAACUCUUCGGCCGGGCAACGGCAGCCCCCUGGAGAAGGCGAGGAAUCCGGCGGCGGGGUCAUGCGACGGCAGCAGCUGCUACGGGGGCGACACGACCACCGCGAGCACGCCGUCCAGACUAGUGCAGGACAUGUAGUAGUGAUGUGUUUGUAGCCAGCUGCUGCUGGCCUUCUGAGCUCUGCCUGCGGGCUGCGGGGCAACAUGGAGAUGGACAUGCUGCAACUCUGCUCCGUCGUUAAUUAAAGGUUCCCUUCCUAGGUGUUGAUUUUGGACUCAACAGUGACUUGACGUAAGUUUUGCCGCCCGAUGGCCAACUGUUUGUAUAGGGAACUGCUGCUCUUCAUCUCAGGCCCUAAGUUUGACUGUUCUUUGAUUCGCGUCAUGAUGUAAAAAUAAAAGCGUGCGUCUGUAUUGGUCAGCUCCUACAGUCUUCAGACAGAAGUGCUAGACCAAGGAUUGAUUUUUGAACCAUCGUAGAAUAGUUUCGUUAAAUCGUCUCCACCAGUGGAGCUAAUUCGCUAAGGUGUUUAAGACAGCUUCGCUUUUUAUUUUUUUUAUUA